AUGCAGAGAGGGUCAAGAAGCAGGGAUUCAUUCAGCCGCUAUGGACCAGGCCGACCUAGAGAAAAAUCGGGGAAGAGGGAAGAAAAAGGGAGUGAGAAAGAGAAGAGGAGAGAGAAUGAGCAGGGACAAGAGAAAGAAACUACAAAAACAGCAGAGGCUCCACUAGCGCAACUCAAACUCACUGUUUAUAUUUUUAAUGAGCAUCAUAGAUUAUUAAUCUUCAAUGAAGUCGUGCCGGUGGAGAUCCCCGGUUGUCAACUUCUGAAAGGGAUCGAGGCUGGUUCUGAAGAUAUCGAUAUUCUUCCUAAUGGUUUGGCCUUUAUAAGUACAGGUAUGAAGUUGCCUUAUGUAAAGUGCUUUGCACCUGACAAGCCUGGAGAGAUACUACUUUUAGACCUGGAAGAUGGCGGCCUCAGUCCCGCCCCUCUGCGCAUCAGUGAAGGGUUUGACGUGUCUUCCUUUAACCCUCAUGGGUUGAGCACGUACAUCGAUGAGAAGGAUGGUACAGUCUAUCUCUUUGUGGUGAAUCAUCCGCAGUUACAAUCCAUAGUUGAGAUAUUCAAAUUUCAAGAGGAAGAACGUUCUCUUAUCCAUCUGAAAUCGGUCAAACACAAACUGCUCAGCAGUGUUAAUGAUAUAGUUGCUGUUGGGCCUGAGAGCUUCUACGCCACCAUCGAUUAUUACUUUUCCAAUUUCAACUUGAAAUUUAUGGAAUUGUUUCUUGGAUUUCAAUGGACGGGUGUUGUGUAUUACAGCCCUGGUGAUGUCCGACAAGUGGCCACAGGACUUUACAGUGGCAAUGGAAUUACUUUUUCUAAUGACAAGAAAUACAUCUACGCUGCUGAUAUCACACGUCAUACAAUUCAUGUCUUUAAAAAGAAUGAAGAUUGGUCUCUCACUCCAGUAAAGGUGGUGGAUGUAAAUUUCCUUUUGGAUAACCUGUCAGUGGAUCCGGAGACCGGGGAUAUUUGGACAGGAGGUCAUCCAAAUGCAUUAAAAUUCUUUGUUUACAAUGAAGAUGAUCUCCCUGGUUCAGAGGUGAUCCGUGUACAGAAUAUUCACUCGGAUAACCCCAUUAUCACUAGAGUCUAUGCGAACAACGGGUCAGUGAUCCAGGGGUCAUCCUGUGCCUCCGUGUACAAGGGGCAGCUACUGGUGGGUACAGUAUUCCAUCGAGCCCUGCACUGCCCGCUGGAGUGACGCUUCUUAUAAAUCUGAAUAUUAAAGCUGUGGAUUUUUUUUACGAACCAAAAUAAACACUCCUUUUGUAGAAGAAUAAGGACUUGUGGCCCAAGCCUCUGAAGUGGUGAGGGCUAAAACGUCUCCUCCCCCUUCCCUGUCCCUCUUUGAUUGACUGUCAGCUGGAAUCGGAGCUCUGUUUCCAAAUUUUAAAAUCUCUGUUCACAAUUUGUAUGUACGGCUUUGAACUAAAUUUGGAAACAGUGCUUGGCUUCUAGCUGACUGUCAAUCAAGCAGGGACAGGGAUGGGAGGGGGAGCAAAAAGGCGUUUAAGCCCUUAGCACCUCAAGGGAUUCUGAACACCUCUUUGACAUUUAGCUUCCAGAACAUAAAGCAAAUGCUUUUAUUAUCCGGUUCAAAGUGUCAAAAAAGCAUUCUGAAGUUCUGAAGUGCUGAAGGCUGGAACCCCUCCUCACUCUGCCUUCCAUCCCUGUCCCUGCUAUUUGGACAGUCAGUUAGAAGCUGAGCCCUGUUUUUAAAUCUCACACCUGCACCCUAUUUGUAUGCACAGCACAGGAACAAGAUUUGGAAAUAGGGCUCGUCACCCAGCUUACUGUCUAUCAAGUAGGUACAGGGAUGGAUUGGGGGGGGGGGGGGAGUAAGGAGGCCUUUCAGACCUCAGCACUUCAGGGGCUUGGGAACAUCUCUUUGACACUGCAAUUUCUUCUAUGGAAUUAUGGAAGCUCAGAUAUUUGAAAGGCACCAAGUAUCUCCUUGUCCUAACAGUUUCAACAGUCUGGAAUGUGAAUUGCAGCUGACAGAUUCCCUUUAAAUGAAGGUUUGAAUGUCUCUUGUCGGAGAUGAUGUGGAUAAUGGGAGGUCACUUACUUAUAGGAGAAGUGCUAUUGGGGCUGGUUUGCAAUACCAGACACAGCCCAGGGACAGAGUGGUACUGUUUCUUUAAAAAAAUAAAUCACACCUUUUGUUUUAAUGUCAUAAACUCCUUCGAAUCAAUUUAAUUAA